AUGAGGAAACCAGACACAUCUCCGGUCGCUGCUGGUGUCAUUCAUGCGCUGAGUGGAGGGUACGAGUACGACGGUGACGGUGACGCGGUCAUCAACCAUUACGGGCGUGAGUACGAGCGAUUUGAGCUGCCAUCAGCUGCCAGGCACGCCAGGCACGACAUUGAAUUUCACACCGAUAAGAAGUCAGACGCGCGCGCGUCCGACCAACUGACCACCCAUCGAUCAGGAAUAGCCGGCGCCGGCCGGCACUUCAACUCCACCCACUCGACCAUGACCGAAAUUGACUCGAUGGCCACUGCGGCGAACGGGGACGCCAACACCAAGAAGCGAAAACUGGACACAACAGAGACGCAAGGCGGCGAGGCGCAGAAUGCUGCGGGCAUCUCAUCAAAUGCGGCGACUUCCAACGGAAACUCUUCAUCAUCAGAAGCGCCAGAAACCGAGAUCAAGCGACUAGAAGGCGCUCUGCGGAAAGCAGACGAGUCCAUUCGGCAGAUGCAGGCGUCGCGCGAAGCUAUAGCGGGGCGGCUAAACGAGCUCGGGCGGAAUGUCGUCAUCAAGCCGUGGACGCAGGAGCAUCUGAAGACGGUGGUAGAGCAUCACCUCGACGAGUUCCAAGCCGAGUAUGCGCUAUGUGAUGGUGUCGAGAGCCUACCGGACGACGCAAAGGAGGACGCGAUCCGCAUCCUCAAGAUGCGCCGUGCCAUCUACACCGGGUAUCAGAGUGACGGCACUGGAUAUCGAGACGCAGACGGGAGCUGGAUCGACUUCGAGCCUACCGAAGAAGAUCUGCGAUCAUUCAGGUGGGAGGACGCCGAUACCUUGUGGACACAGUAG